AUGAAUCGUGGAAAAUAUCGAUAUCACCCAGAGAAGUUUGAUACAGACGAUCCAGUCUUACAAAAAGAAUGGGAAGACCUCAAAGAUGUAUUAUGUGAUAAUGAAUAUAUGACAAGAUACAAAAUUAUGAUUGGGCAGCCAAUUAAUUUGAAAACUAUAUGGAAUAUUUGGUCAACUCCCAGUACCGAUCUAUCUAACAUAUGGUCACACUUUAUUGCAGGUAUCUUUUUUAUUGUCAGAGGAUGCUUUUUCCCUGGUCGAUUUUUGGCAUUACAUUUAAUCACUGCAUACACAUAUAUAACAUCUUCAAUGUAUCACACAUUUCGAAAUUAUAAUAGAAAAUUAUAUGAUAUCAUGUUAAAUUUUGAUGUUUCUGGAAUUGCAAUUCAAAUAUUUUCAUAUGACUUUGUAGACACUAUUGCAUUCUUUCAUAACAGACGUAAUGAUCUAAUGUACAUAUAUAUUGCAGUUUUUUCAGUCCUUGCAAUCUUAAUUAUUGGAAGUGUUCCAAUUAUCCUCAAAAGAAAGUUAUACACACUUAGAACAGUUUCUUUUUCAAUUUGCGCACUUACCUGCUUCCCACUUUUCGUUCACGGAAUCAAAAUUUAUGGAUGGAAUUCUAAAAGCAAGAGAAUGCUCAUUUUAAGAAUUAUAACCAUUGCAUUAGAAGGUGUUGGAAUAUUCUUUAGAGCAUCAAAGCUUCCAGAACGCUGCGCACAAGGUGGAGUAUUUCAAUGGUGCUUCCAUUCUCAUUUUUGGUUCCAUUUAGCUGCAUCAGUUGGAAGCUUUGUUGGUUGCCUUUCAACCGAAGCCAUGAGAUAA